AUGUCCAAGCUGCAGAGCACAAGCUUGCCCCGCCUGGCCGCACCAGAGGAAGACCCCUGGGAAACAAUCCUGGCCACUGGUGACGAGAACUUUGUGGAAGCUGCCGUGCUGCAUUUUUCGGCGACCAUUCCCUUCAACCCCGUCCCGACGGUGCUUCUGGAGCGCCUCCGGAGGGCCGGCGAGGCGCAGCUCGCUGAAAUCACGGAGCUCCGGGCGCAGCUGGCGCAGCUGCCUUUCGUGGAGGAUGAGAUCCAUCAAAUGGAGCAGGAGCUGACGGAGCUGCAAACUACCAUUGUCGUCAACGCGAACGAGAUUGAGCUUCGAAACAUGGAGGCUGAGUCCCUGAGCCGGGAGACGGAACGCCUCGAGGCCACAAAGGCAGAGAGAAAGGAUCGCCUGGACAUGCUGACCGCGCAGGCGGGCGAGAUCGAGUUUUGGCUCGAUGCCGCGGGGCAUGCACCGGCGGGACCCGAGGGGCGCGCCCGAGUUGAGAGCUACAAGGCUGCCGCUCGGGCAGCCGCUGAGGCCUCGGCAGAACGCAGAGAAGUCGCAGCACGCAGCAGCCUCGCGUCGCAGGCCUCGCAGGAUGUGGUGCUGCGGACAGCAGCAGAGUGGCAGGAGCUGUGCUUGGGUGGCGAGCUGCCAGAGGCCGAGAGGAUUGAGCUGGCGGAGUUCUUCCGGCGCCUGGAUCCUGCAGGUGUUCCUUUUUUCGCGGAGGUGCAGGCCGCCUCAGACGUAGUUUGA